AUUUUGUACUUGCAAAACGGCCGUUAAACAUCGCGAGCGCGGUAUUAAUAAUAGCGGUACCGGAGUACUUCGAUGCGCUAAUCAUUUAUAUUCUAGGAUUUAUUUGUUUAGCGCGGUGAGACUGUGAUUAAUUUUGUUAGAAAAUGCUACGACCAGGCACGCUAUACAAGUUGCCAUUGGCAAUCUUUUUCCUGGCAUUGGGAAUUUCCUCAAUCAUCUACACACCCACGGAUUUUUUGUUCGAUAUGAGGCUGCGUAUGAUUCGAGGUACCCCGCCUUACACAUUUUGGGCAGACCCUCCAGACAACCUACUAGCCAAAGUCUACAUUUUCAAUGUAACCAACUCACAACAGUUCCUAGAUGGUACUGAAGAUUUUAUACACUUACAAGAAAUAGGGCCAAUUAUUUAUAGGGAAAAAUUCACUCAUACCAACAUAGUGUUCAACAAUAACAGUACCUUAACCUAUACAGUAACAAGAACGCUAGAAUACUUGCCAGAACGUAAUACAAUUGAUCUCAAUAGUACCAUUACAGCACCGAAUUUAGCAGUACUGGUUAUGACGUCCUAUUUCUCAGAUUCUUCGUUCUUUGUCAAAGCUGGGCUAAAUAUUUUAUUGAACAAAUAUAACUGUGAACCUUUCAAAAACAUGACGAUUUAUGAGUAUUUGAUGAACGCUACCGAUCCUGUAUUGGAACCUGCUAAGAGUUUGGCUCCUGCUUUGGUACCAUCGUUGAAUGUUGGGAUAUUAAAACAAAUGUAUAUGAAGAAUAGCUACAACAUAACAGUAUUAAUCGGACCCAAAUACGGACACGAAGACUAUUUCAACGUUCAAAACAUUGAUGGUGUAGAGUCACUGCCCAGUUUCAAGAGAUGUAAACCUCAGUUUAAUAGGACUUCAGAAACAACCUUGUUUCCUCAGUUUAUGAGAAAAGAUCAGAAUAUUAAUGCUUGGAAAGCGGUUCUGUGUAUGGCUGUUAAUGGAUAUUUCACAAAUGAGACCAGAAAAUAUGGUAUGACUGGUUAUAGAUACGAUGUUACUCUGGACGCUUUUAAUAGGACCCAACCAGAGUAUUCUGACUGUUAUAGAGGUAAUCCUGCUCUGCCCAAUGGUUUAUCGGAUGUGUCUACAUGCUACUCAAACUACCCGUUUGCCGCUAGUUUUCCACACUUGAUGAACGCCGAUCCAGUUGUGUCGAACCGAAUUAGAGGCAUGAAACCGGACAUAGCAAAACAUGGAUCAUUUUUAAACGUUGAACCAAUGUCUGGAGUUCCAAUGUCAGGAAGAGCCAUUUUUCAAGUGAAUCUUAUAUUCAAGAGAAUGACAGGAUUCGGUCGAAAAAUCCAAAGAUUUAGCAACAUGUAUUUACCCAUGUCUUAUGUUGGAUAUGAAAUUGAAGGUCUUCCAUGGCACAUAGUAUCCCUGCUCUACUUUAUGACCGUCAUAGUACCAAAGACGCAACUUAUAAUGUCAUUGAUAUUAUUAGCAGUCGGAACUAUUUACUUGUACUAUUUCAGUAGGGAUUUUCGUACUCCCAGAGUACUGAAGGAAUCUUGUAUUUCAACUAUUUGCGAGGAGGAAAAGUUUAUCAAAAUAGAGAAUCAGACUUGAGAGUA